AUGGCAGUGGCCGCCAGCACUGCGAUCCUUGUGUGCCUCCUGACUCUGUACCUGCUAUCCGACUGGUCCGGGACGGGGCGGGCCGAUGCUCACUCUCUCUGGUAUAACUUCAACAUCACUCAUGGACAACAGUGGUGUGAGGUCCAGGGCCAGGCUGAUCAGAAGAAUUUCCUCUCCUAUGACUGUGGCAGUGACAAGGUCUUAUCUAUGGGUCACCUAGAAGAGCAGCUGGAUGUCACAGAUGCCUGGGGAAAACAAUUGGAAAUGCUGAAAGAGGUGGGGCGGAGGCUCAGAAUGAAACUGGCUGACAAUAAGCUGGAGGAUUUCACACCCAGCGGACCCCUCACACUGCAGGCCAGGAUGUCUUGUGAGUGUGAAGUCGACGGACCCAUCCGUGGAUCUUGGCAGUUCAGCUUCAAUGGACAGAAGUUCCUCCUCUUUGACUCAAACAACAGAAAGUGGACAGUGGUUCAGGCUGGAGCCAGGCAGAUGAAAGAGAAGUGGGAGGACAGCGAACUAACCAUGUUCUUCCAGAAGGUCUCGAUGGGAGACUGCAAAACCUGGCUUAGGGACUUCCUGAUGCACAGGAAGAAGAGGCUGGAACCCACAGCACCACCCACCGUGGCCCCAGGCACAGCCCAGACCAAAGCCAUGGCCACCAGCCUCAGUCCCUGGAGCCUCCUCAUCAUCCUCUGCCUCACCCUCCCUGGCAUCUUAGGAGAGUCCUUUAGAGUGACAGGUGGAAGAUGAUACCAGGAAGCCUUUGUUAGCCUCAUCUGGUUCCCGCUCUCCCUUCAGAGAAGGCACCUGUCUACUUACCACUGUGCCUUACUGGACAGCCAGGAGUUCAAGCCUUAGCAAGCCCACCGGCCCCCAGCAGAUGAUGUGGACAUUGUAGACUCAACAUCUCAUGCCAUUCAUUACCUUUGCUGAUGAUCCUAG